AUGGAAGCACAAGGGACUGCGUAAGUAACCGACCACAUGGCCCCACUUGGGAGCCAAACACAUCAAUCUCCGAUGUCCACUCAAUUCUGAGUGGCCACAUUAAUAGCACAACAGUAUUAAAUCUGAUCCACACACUUCCAAUGGGGUGACCCCAUUCCGACAAUAGGCAGGGGCUGACGUGGCAAUGAGAGGGCAAUGCAUAACGCCACGGAGGCAGACUUCAGUAUUAGUGUGGAUGUCGCAGUGUGGCUCGUGAUUGAUGGGACAAUUUGCGUCAUCAUUGUCACUGGCAACCUGGUCACCCUCUGCGUACUGCGCUCCAGCCUUCAGUUCUCUCCAAUCGUCUCCAGUCAAUUUGUUAUGAGUUUGGCCCUGUCAGACAUGGUGGUGGGGGCCACCAUGCCCUAUCACAUGGCCAUGAAACUCUCCCCCACCAUGGCAGCUGCUCGCACCACCUGCGUACUCAAAUUUGUGUUCAUACUGUUCGGCUGUUGUGCAUCCAUACUGAACAUGACAGCCAUAGCUGCUGAUCGCUACUUUGCCAUCAUUCAUCCAUUUAAAUAUGAGAGGACUAUGAAUGCCAGAAUAGCCCAGACAGUGUUAUUCGGUGGUUGGGUACACGCUGUGAUAUUCGCGACAGUGCCUCUCUACUGGAACAGCUGGCGGCCUGGUGUGUUGUGCGAGUUAGGGCGGGUUCUACCACGCUACUACACGACUGCCGUCAUCGCACCGGCCUUCGCCAUCAUCUGGGCCACCAUGAGCGUCAUCUACUGGCGCAUAUGGCGCGAGGCCAGUCGACAGGUCAUCAAACUGCGCCAGUUGCAUGUGUCGAGGCUGCGCCAAUCAUGCUUCCAGGUUGUACUCCUGGUGAUGGGAUGUUUCACGGUCUGCUGGCUGCCAUUCCUCGUGGCUGCGUGUGUACAAGCGGCUGGACACCAGGACCUCAUCUCCCCCACCGUGUACAAGGUGGUGCUGACCCUGGCUAUCAGCAGCUCAGCAGUCAACCCGCUUAUCUACGCCUGGAAGAACUCCGAGUUCAAGCGGACUUUGGGCACCUGGUCCGCUGCCGCACCGCAAGCCACUCGCUGCAGCACGAACGCUCCAGUAUGGACAAACACCCACGCAACAGUGCUCUCUUUAUUGAGACACACGCAAACACGGACUCUGUCUUCCACGAGUUGGAACAGUUGUAGUGCUAUUAUUUUUAUAAAUCGUUGUGUCCUUGUAUAUUUUUUGUUCCUAAGUUUACUUUCACCUCCUUGCAAUCCUAGUUUUCAAAAGAGACAAUUUGUAAUUUUUCUCACAAAAAUUGGCCAAUUGAUUUUUAGAAGACACACAUCUUAUUUAAUCUCUGUUUACCAGGGGACAAUGUGCUUGUGAUGGGCAGAUUUUUGGCAAAAUUUAAGCUCUUUUCUAAAAUAUAAAAAUAGCAUUUGUUACUUUGACACAGGCAUUUACAAAUUUGAAUAAAAGGUAAAAUUAUAAAAAAUAAAAUAAAGCUAAUAUUUGGGUUCCAUAUUUUAAUGAUUUAAAACUUUUUUUUUGGAAAACAUUAUUAAACAAUACAAAAUAAUUUAAUUGCCUUAAAAUGAGUGUUUAUUCCCUUUAAUACGAUUUUUAGACUAACAGGGAUUCUAUGCUAAACUGAGCCUGAGCAUCAAAAAAGUAAAUCAACUAAAGCAAGAUAAUUGUAUGCUACGACCCUUUGUAAAUGUAUACAUUUUAACAAAGCACAAAAAGUAAUAAAUUAUAUUUUCCUAUUUUUUCACAUUUACUGACUGAUGCUCGUUUGGGGGAGGCUGGGUAAUUUUUAAUCAUAAUUGGCCAACCUGCUUCUUUAGCUCAGAAUCAGCUGAUUGCUGCCAUUGUUGAUCUCAUUAGUUGGAUUGAAGAUUCGUCUUUAAAAAUUUGAUUUUUUCUUACUUUUGUUCAAAAUCUACAUUAAACUAGACCAUGUAAAAUCGUAACAGCCGUUACAUAACACAUACAAAAGUUUGUGUAGCAUAAAAACUAUACAUUUUUAGUAAAUGAACAUAUGCUGAAGUAGGGUUAAACACAUGUUUAAUUAAGUUGUGGAUGUACUUUUCAUUAUAAAUAUAUUUAAAUCAUGCAACGGGUAUUACACAUUUUUAAGUAACAGGUGUUACAAUUUUAAU